CCGUCUUCUCUUGGUGUUUUUUCUCUCUCCUUCUUCCCGUAGCAACAACAGCGCAGAGGGAAGAAGGAUUUCGCGAAAAAAUCUCGGCAAAUUGCGAUCUGUCCUGAUGGCGUCGGCUGCGGACCCUCACAUCGCAUCGCGAACGCCGAAGGCUGUCUGUCCUCGCCAUCGACGUUACGGCCCGAUGAGCUCGACCAACGCAUCCUGACGUGCCUUUCUGCACCUGUGUUGACGCGCCGCCGUCAUGCAUCGCUCUCGCCAGUCGCACGCAUCGGACGAGCAGCGGCUCCAGAGCAUCUAUGCAGUCGACAGCAGACUCUCUCGACGACACCCGAACCAGCCACAGCCACGAGAGGAGCCCUCCAGUCGUCAUGGUGACUCGCCCCGCAGCCAGCGAACAACGCGUUAUGGCGGGUCGCCUGGGGAUAGGGACCAGGGAGAGAUGGUCAACGGAGAAGGGAAGCACCUUCGGAACGGCUACAACAGCAGGCAGCCUCACCCGCUGUCAAACACUAGCACAGGUGGGUGGGCCAGCCACCUGGACAACACAACACAACAGAACAUACAAGGGAAGGGGGAAAGACAGCAAAGCGGCUGGCCUGUCUGUCUGUCUAUCUGUCUGUGUCCAUCUAUCUAUCUGUGUAUGUGUUUAUCUGUCUAUCUAUCAGGUCUCGGCAUAUCGAGUGGUGUGCCGGGCAGCAGCGCAGGCGUGAGCGGCAAGAGCUCAGCAUCCGACCUCAGCCAGCUGCCGGCCCGUCGUUUGUUUGACAAGAAGGGCUUGUCGGUCAGCACAGCGCGUCCCCCGUCCCCCCCGCUGUCCAACCCCUCCAACCCCAUCUCACCCGGUGGUGACACGCGCUACACCAAGUCGCCCACGGCGCACCAGAUCGUCAAAGAGGCCAGAGAGUUCGCCGCCAACCACAGUCACACCACCACUGCCCGCGAUGCGGCCGGGAGGAUGUCGAGACGGCCGCAUCCCCUCGAUGAGCGUCUGUCCCCCUUCCACGAGAGCCAGCAGCCCUCUCCCCCCCUGGCGAAGCUGGCCAACGGCGUAUCGCCCGCAUCAGCACCCGGACCCAUCAACCUGGGCCCUCUCGACGAGGACGUGUCGGGCGGCCCCACUCACCGUCGUGGCUACAUCGCCCCUCGCGCAUGUGGGUCGGCGCCCACAUCGUCUCAGCACGGCAAGAGCGGCGAGGCCCAGGAGGGCGUGCGGGACCGUUUCCGCUGGGGCGGUCGAGAGGGGAGGUCGCUUCUGAGUAUAGCCGGGUCCAACAUCGCUUCAGAUCGCCAGUCGGGAGGCAGCAGCCCCUCAUCGGAUCGCACGACACCUCAGUCUGGUGGCGGCCUGUCGAGUCGUCAACUGCCGCCUGGAGGCAGUGGUGGAGGCAGGCUGGACGAAAACAUGGCCAAGCUCGCCCAGUUUGGGCAAGUGCCACAGGUUCCUCGUGGCGACAGCGAGUCGCCGCCCCCUCAGCCCCCGCUGCCCUUCCCUCCAGGCCGUGUUCGCCCUACCACGGGUCUGCGAGUCGACACAGAUGCGGAUGUGAGUGAGGGAGUCGGAGGGGCACCCAGCAGCACGGGCAGCGGUAAGAGCAUCGGCAGCCUUGGCAGUGGAGGCGGCCGCAGGUUCAGGGUGGCAGGGACGCCUGGAGGUGAGGCCGGCUCCGACCGUCGUCCGCCCUCGAUAGGGUCGGGCGGCCACGGCCGGCAGCCGCCAAGCGACAGCGGGGGCAGCGACACGACAUCCAACCCCUCACCGCAGGAGCAGCGGCUCAACCUCGGCCACUGGAGCACCGAUCCAGACAUGCCUGUCCCCACCUUGCCACCGCCCCCACCCAUGACGGUCUCGCCGAGCGGCAGCCCGCACAGCGUCUCCCCUGGGGCUCGGCCCACCCAGUCGCCUCAUCUUCGCUACAGCAUCAAUAAUCGGCAGUCUCCAUCGGCAGGAGGGUCUACUGGGGGUGGCAGCUCGCGGCACGGCAGCUCGAGUGGCCGUCGGUACAAGAUGGGCACGGGCUCUGGCGAGGGGUCCAGCCCCCGGUUUCCCCCCAUCCACCCCAACACGUGGAAGGCCGACCCACCCAAGACCAUCCUGCCGCCCAUUGCCAACAUUGGGGGAGGAGACAGAGACAGGAGCCGGCCCCCGACAUUCAUCCCACCCACCGACCCCCUCACCCCAAAGCGUAACUUCAGCAGGAGUCGGCAGCUGGACUAUGAGGUGCCCCGGCGCGAAUCUGACCCGCUUUAUCCGAUGGGUCGCCCCCCGCCCCCUCCGGCCGUGUCGCUCCUGGCCAUGCAGCGCAGGCAGCCCCCCAGCCCGGAGGAGGGGGCGCUGUCCAGCCCUGGACCGAGGGCCACCCAUCGCAUCGACCUGGGCCCGCUGCAGACGCCACCGCGGCGCAAGAAGGGGGGCAUGAACGGGGCUGGGGCUGGUGGUGGCGGUGGUGGUGGUGGUGAGGACAGCGAUGACAUGUUGCUGCCUGCUGUGGAUAUAGUGAGUCGGCAUUCGUCUCCGGGCGGGUCGAGCUCCCGUCGGUCGCCAGGCGACCCCCUGGGCGAUGUGGCGGAGUGGGACAGCUUACUGGCGCGACAAACGUCGACCGAGCGUGCGAGAGGCGGGCCGGACGGCAGUGCCACCCACACGAGGCCGCGCCAGAGGACGUCGGGGGGAGGCAGGAGCAAGGAGGACUCCCUGUCGAUGUCGCAGUCGUGCUCGUUGCUGGACAGUGAGGACUUCCUAUCCCCCGACCCGCAGGCCAUCGCGUCCGACAACUCUUUGAGCUUCAGCGUGAGCCAGCCGCACGCGUCACCCGACCGCGUGAGAGACCUAGAGGACUCCUUCUCCUCAGCCACCUCGCCAGUCCCCGAGCGCAAGACCGAAAGCGCACAUUCGGCCAUCCGUGGAGGGCGUGACCCUCUAUCCCGGUCACGAUCGCCGAGGCUGCGACCGCUGCAGAAGGCGGGCACUGUGGACGGCGCUGAUGGGCACCGGGAGGGUGUCACCCCGUCCCCCCCACCCAGGGCACCAGCCAAGCUCCCGCACACACCGCAGGGUCGGCCCCGCCCCCCCGUGAGCCCCCGAAGCCCUCACCCGUCGGGCGCCUCGUCAGCCCCUGCAUCCCGUCAUGGGAGUCGCCCGCGCCCUCUCGACCGUGACACCAGUCGGCCGUCGUCUCGCCAGCGGCUGGCCGAGUCUCGCCAAGGGGGCUACGAGCUGUUUGUGCAGGCGCCAGAUGAGGAGGGGGAGAGGUCCGCCGGGGCAGGGGAUGCCACUGGUGAGCGUCGCGACAGUGGGUCCAACGUGACGUCGCAUCGCGAGUGGGUAGCUGCUCGGCAGGGGGCGUUCGACAGCCAUCGUGGUGGGGGCAGGAGGCGCCCACCACGGAUCGGCGAAGUAGACGAGGAGGAGGAGGAGGAGGAGGAGGUCGAGGCAGCAGAGGGCAGUGAGAGCGACGAAUCGCUUGGCGGCGUCAACCUGGAGGACUCCAGCACCAAGUUCGAGGACCUGCCCCCGCCCUCCAUCAUGCGGUCCGGCACGCAGCAGUAUGUCCACGAGCAGCAGAAAGCGACCGCAAGACGUCCUGGUACGACUCCCGGCAUGAUUGGUGGCGGCAGCAGGGGGGGAGCAGGCGUCGCGUCGCCCCCGGGCAGCCCGCAUUCGCCUGUGGAGGGAUCGAGUGUGCGUUGGAUUCGCGGAGGUGUGAUAGGUCAGGGCCAGCUGGGCAGGGUGUAUGAGGGCAUGGAGGUGCGGACGGGUCGGCGGAUAGCGGUCAAGGAGUUGCUGGUGGACGAGGCAGCCGACAAGAAGUUCAUCGACCAGCACAUGCAUGAGAUCAACCUCUACCAGGAGCUCAGACAUGAACACAUCGUCUCAUACCUUGGUGAGUUAAUCAGGGAGGGAGGGAGGGACGGAGGGAGUGACGCACAGAGAGACGCGAGCAGGAGGGAUACACCCACCUACCUGUGAAUGUGACCAAUAUGGCCCACGUGGAUGCAGGCCACGACAAGAUCGACGGCUGCGUGUACAUUUACAUGGAGUUCAUGCCGGGGGGGUCGCUGGCACAGAUGCUGACGCGCUUCGGUGCAUUUGAGGAGGAGACCAUCGCAACCUACACACGACACGUACUCGAGGGGCUCAAAUACCUGCACGACAGAAACAUCAUGCACAGGUAGGUGGGCGGGCACAGGUGGGUGGGUGCGAUUUGUCUGUCAUAUGAUAUAUAUAUGUCAACCACCGACAGACAGACAGACACAGACAGACACAGACAGACAGGCGCAAGCACGAGACAGAUGGACUGGAUUGAUGGCUGGAUGUAUGUGUGUGUAUUGUCAUAAUGUGUCAUGUCACGUCAGAGAUGUCAAGGGCGGCAACAUCCUCGUCGACACUGAGGGCAACGCCAAGCUGGCCGACUUCGGCUGCUCCAGGAAAGCCGAACGGUCGAUGGCAACCACCAUCAAAGGUCGGUACACGCACCCCCACACCCCGACAUCUGUUCCUUCCCUCCCUUCCACCCACCCGACCAACAUCUGUCUGUAAUGCAUUCAAUGGCAUGACACAGGUACCCUGCCGUGGACGGCUCCGGAGGUGAUUCACCAGAAGGGUUACGGGCGCAAGGCGGACAUCUGGUCACUUGGGGGUGUGGUGGUCGAGAUGGCCCAGGCCCACCACCCAUGGGACUCGUUCGACAACCAGAUGGCCGCUAUGCUCAAGAUCGGAUUCUCACAGGAGACACCCAACAUACCCAAACACCUCUCACACGUAGCUAAGGUACCCACACACACACACAGACAGACAGACAGACGUGCUGAGGUCAUCUUUUCAUUUCUUGCCUGCCUGAUUCAUUCAGGAUUUCUUGGAGCGUUGUUUCCAGCGCGACCCCGACCGUCGCUCCACGGCCGAGGAUCUGCUGACGCACCCCUUUAUCACGCGACGCCUCGACGACCCCCUGCCGCCACCCAUCCCGCCAUCACAACCCUCUUCACCCACCGACCCACAGCCCCCGCAACUUCCCGGCCACCAACAGCAACCCGAGGCCCCUGCUGCUGCUGCUGCUAGUCCAUCCGAUGGUGAGGGCGGCGGUGCAAGUGGGCUGUGGUGGACCCGGCUCCCAAGCAAACUGGCAGAAGCCGGUGGGGCCAGCAACAACGCUGCUGCUGCUGCUGAUGCGGGUGAUGCGGGUGAUGGUGGUGCGGACAGAGGAUGGUCGGGCGAAGGGUCAGAUGGAUGCACGGGGGGCGCGUCGUAGCUGCAAGGAAGCAAGAAAGGAAAGACACUGACCCCAACGAAUGAAUGGAUGUGUACAGACAAACGGUCUGAGGGCAGAUGGGGGGCAGACAGACAGUUGUCAACUGAGUCACAAUUUGUUGGUUGGGGUGGGUGCACGUCAUCAAUCGUGUGUUCGUGAAUCAAUCGCGCCCCUGUCUGGUCGCUCAUCUGCAGUCCGUCUCUCUGGUCCGAUCCACCCUUGCUGCUCUCUUCUUUGACGCUUCCUUCUUUUUGAGACGAACGACGGACCAGACAGAC